AUGACAGACACUCAAAUCGACCUAACCCGCGACCGGCCCUCAUGGUUUCCCCCCGGCAAAUCCCUCCAACUCCCCCUCACCCUCCUAGAAACCCGUCACCGAAUCGUCCACCGACACCUCCCCUCCCUCGCUGAGCUAAAGCGCGCAGCCACGGAAUCCCUCUCCUGGCUCUGGGAAUGGUACUGGCUCCAACUCGACCAUGCAUUCAAAACCGGUAUCACUCCAUCGACAGGAACACAAGAAGAGGAAGAACUAGGCGUCCAAAGCCGAGAAGCCGUCCGCGAAAAACUCCAAAGCAUACUAAAAACCUACGUCAAAGAGCGCAAGUCCGAGAUCAAAAACAGAAAGAAAGACAAUAAUAGCAAGGCUGCUGAAACAGCAUUGUCGACAUACAUCCUACGUUACGCACCCACUGCUACGACCACGCCUUCGACACAGACCCAACGUGUACUCCUGCACCUUCUAGUCGACGAGAAAAUGAUUCUGCCCACAGACAAGAAACUAGGCAGUACCAUGUCCGGCGCCUUCAUCAUCUGGACACCCCUCUUACGUGCAUUCUGCCUCGACGGCGGCGUGCUGCACAUCAAGACUCUAGUCGAGCAUCUCAUGCGUGCUAUGAACGCUACUUCCCCCGCUGCGCGCGCAAUGAUGAAUCCGGAGAUGGAUCCUGUGAGGGAGGGGCUGCAGGACUGGAUUGUCCAUGUUCUUACGGGGGAGGAAUGGGCGGGUGUACGAGGGGGAGGCGCGGCGGAGAGGAAGGUUGUGGAGGAGGUGCUUGGGGUUUGUUUCUCUGAACCGUCGUUUUGGAAUUUGAAGGUUGCGGAGAAGGUGCUGGACAUGGGGAGUGAGGUGGUGGAUCAGGGGUUGUGGCGCAAGGUGCUGGAGGCUGCGAGGGCGGAGGGAGCGGGGGGUGAGGAGAUGGAUGUUGACGUCGAUGUCGAGGAGAUUGAGAAAGCUUUGCCGGUUAGAAAGAAUGAGGGCAAGGAUGGGGUGGUCAAGGAGAAGAUCAAGGGGCCGACUAAGGUGUUGGGGAUGUGGAAACCGAGACCGAUUGGAUGGCUACCUGAGGGGUGGGAGGAUGAUGAAUAA